GAACGGCAGCCCCCUGGGCCGCGCCAGGCUGGGCAGCGCCGGGGCCAAGCUAGCCGGGGUCCCCGUUCAAACCCACCGGCCACCUGCUGAAGGCCUGCCACAAGAGAGGCAACAUGCUGCCCGUGUUCUGCGUGGUGGAACACUACGAGAACCCCAUGGACUUCGACAGCAAGGAGGAGCACGCCGAGUUCGUUCUGGUGCGUAAGGACAUGCUCUUCAACCAGCUGAUCGAGAUGGCCCUGCUGUCGCUCGGCUACUCCCACAGCUCAGCAGCUCAGGCCAAAGGUAUGAUUCAAGUGGGGAAGUGGAACCCUGUCCCCCUGUCAUACGUUACAGAUGCACCAGACGCCACCGUGGCCGACAUGCUGCAGGACGUCUACCACGUGGUCACGCUUAAGAUCCAGCUGCACAGUUGUCCUAAGCUGGAGGACCUGCCGCCCGAGCAAUGGAGCCACUCUACAGUAAGAAACGCCCUCAAGGAGUUACUCAAAGACAUGAAUCAGAGCUCUCUGGCUAAAGAAUGUCCUUUAUCACAGAGUAUGAUUUCCUCCAUUGUGAACAGCACUUACUAUGCAAAUGUGUCGGCGGCAAAGUGUCAGGAAUUUGGGCGCUGGUAUAAACAUUUCAAGAAGACAAAAGAUAUGAUGGGGAUGCGCCAACCCUCCCAGCUGGAGGGCUACCUGGGGACGUGUGUCCUCCGUGAGAGCCCGCGUGCCAAUGCACUAGCAGACAUGGACAGCCUGUCCGACCUUUCCCCUCCCGGCUCCAACCACAACCACCUUGGUUUCUCCCAGCAGCAGCCGAUCCCGGGCAGCACGGCGGAGCAGACUCCUUCCUCGCCGGUGCCUCCUCUUCCUCACGCUCCACCACACAGUGGCCAAACUGGCGGCCGGCAGCCUCAGCUUCCCGGCCUGCACCAUCCAGGUUUGGUGUCCACUCCCAUCAGCCCCCAGCUGGUCAACCAGCAGCUUGUCAUGGCGCAGAUCCUCAAUCAGCAGUACGCCGUGAACCGGCUGCUGGCACAGCAGUCCCUGUCGCAGCAGUACCUCAACCACCCGCCGGUGAACCGCAGCUCCCACACCAAGCCCAUGGAGCCUCAGGUGGCCUCCAACACGGAGGUCUCCUCAGAGAUCUACCAGUGGGUCCGGGACGAGCUGAAACGGGCCGGAAUCUCACAGGCCGUCUUCGCUCGGGUGGCCUUCAACAGGACACAGGGCUUGCUGUCUGAGAUUCUUCGUAAGGAGGAAGACCCGAAGACGGCGUCCCAGUCGCUGCUGGUCAACCUGCGCGCCAUGCAGAACUUCCUGCAGCUUCCAGAGGCAGAGCGAGACCGGAUCUAUCAGGAGGAGAGGGAGCGAAGCCUCACGGCUGCCUCGGCAAUGGGCUCUGCACCGCUCAUCAGCACGCCGCCCAGUCGGCCUGUACAGCCCCGGAGAGAAGACUGUAACAGCGUGAGGCCUGAGGACUGGAAUCCCAGAAUUCCAGUGGGCAUCUCACCUGUAAAACCGUCACCUUUACCGAGCGAGUGGAACGGCAAAACGGAAAACUGCAUCCUCAACAUCAACUCCACGAUUUAUGAUGAGAUCCAGCAAGAGAUGAAGAGGGCCAAAGUGUCCCAGGCUCUGUUCGCUAAGGUGGCCGCCUCCAAGAGCCAGGGCUGGCUCUGCGAGUUGCUGCGUUGGAAGGAGGAUCCGUCUCCUGAGAACCGAACGCUCUGGGAGAACCUCUCCAUGAUCCGACGCUUCCUGAGCCUGUCGCAGGCCGAACGCGACGUCAUCUACGAGCAGGAAAGCAGCUCCGGCCAGCAGCACCACAACGAGCGCCCGUCGCACCUUAUACACCUGUCCACCGAGCAGCUUCAGUCUCAGUCGACUCAGCUGCAGCAGCACCAGCCCUCCCUGUCCCUCCAUCCUUCCCAGCCCCUUUUGUCCCAGCAGCCCCUGCAGCAGCAGCAGCCCCUCACCGGCCCCAGGCUGCCUCCCCGCCAACCCUCCACCGCCUCCCCGGCCGAGACGGAAGACGAGGGCAGCCGCGGAGGGAGCAUCAAGUCCCGCAGCAGCGGAGGGAAGAUCUCCCUGGAGGCGCUGGGCAUCCUGCAGAGCUUCAUCCAGGAUGUGGGCCUCUACCCAGACGAGGAGGCCAUCCACACCUUGUCCGCCCAACUGGACUUACCCAAGCUCACCAUCAUCAAGUUCUUCCAGAACCAGCGCUUUUACAUCAGCCACCCAACCAAGGCGCCCAAGGAGCCCAACAACAACAACAACAGCAGCGGCAGCAACAACAGCACAGCGGUGAACACCAGCAGCAGCAGCAGCAGCAGGAGCAGCCCGGCCUUCGAGGAGGAGCUGACAGACUUCAGGGAGAGCGGAGAGCUGCUGAAGGAGUUGGACGAGAGCACGCAGACCAACAGCACCAUCUUCUCCAUCAAGAUCGAGGAGCAGCUGGGCCGAGGCGCCGAGACCCACCACGAGUCGGAGCAUGAGGUCAAAGAGUAGAAAUCCGGCUCCCUCCGAUCCUGGACUCAGAGUUCUGACCCGCACACUCAGACUGAUGACCGUGCUGAAUCCGAACGUUCUGAACGACACGACCCGGCGAGCUGGAAAAGCAGACAAGCAGCGUUGUCUGUGCACGCAGCGUCGGGACUGAACGGGAAGUGUUUAUGUAUAAAUUAAAGUUACAGGCUCUGUGAAGUGACACACACACACACACACACACACACACACACACACUGAAAACCCAUCUCAUGUACUACUUUUUGGAUUUUGUAAAACUUGUAAUAUUCACUGUAAAAACCGAUGCAUCGUUUUAAUAAUCUGCACAAAAACAUUAUUGUAAAGUACGUCACCGUGGAUAUUUGCUGGCUGCACUCGAUGUCUGUUGUUUUACACUGACUAUCUUUUUGAGCUACAGAUUAUAUUAAAAAGAAAAAAAAAUCAAAAAGACCCCCUGGAGUUUACUAAGAAUUUGAUAGGUGUAUGUAAUGUUUUAACUGGAAUUUUCAUUUUUGUUAAUAUCAAAUGAAAUCGAGGACCAAGUGGUUGUAAAGGCCUUAAUUGUGAGGUGUGACGUCUGCAGCCUGCUGGAGGAGGAGUCAUUCUUUUAAAAAGAGCAUCGUGUGAUUAGAAAUCACUCCAAACUCGGGAACGCAAUCACCCGAGAACAGCCGAACCGUUGCUUAUCAUUUGUUAGGGAAGAUAUAUAAUAUAAAUAUAUAUAGACAUUAUAUUGUAACUGUAAAAAAGUACAGUCUUAAAGAAACUAUGCCAACAAAUGCCUUGUACAAUACGGCACUGCCGAUGUUAGAUUAUUUUGCAAAACCUUUGUCACUGUAACUCUCUGACUCGCCACACAGUUAAAACAAUGUGAAUUAAACUAUGUUUAUGUUGUCUGACAUUAUUUAUUUGCUGUGUUUCUGAUGUAAUUACAGUUUAUUUUAAAAGUUUAUCACAGUUUUUCCUCUUUUUUUUUCUAAAUUCUGCCAUUUUUUUCUAUUUAUAAAUGUGAUUUAACACUGGCAGUGGAAGCAAAAAGUGUCUUAAACGUCUUCAGUGGAGAAAUGUGCUUUAAAGGUCGCCUAUAAAGUGCUGUAUGUCGAGCAAAUCGUGCUACAAGCUUCACAAUUAUUGUCGUAUGCAACUUUUACUAUCAUGCAAAUAAGCUUAGGUGAGAUGACUAACCUAUGGAACACCUUAGAGAGAAGAGAACAUAUGCAAUCUGUGUGAAAAUCCAUGUCUGCCAUGUGUCUUCCUUUGGUUCGAGAUCCAACUCUAAAAGCUCCUCCUGUAAAAAAAAAAAUAAGAGAAAAAAUAACAAUCCUGUACAAAAAGUUUUUUUAAGCGUUGAUUCAGACGAGAACACCCGUUAUUUUGUUACGACUGACUGUUUUCUAUGUGUUCCUCGGUUCCUCUCUGCAGAGAUGUUCUAACUAGAAGUGAUUGUUAAUGACACGAUUAAACCGUUUGUAUGGUGACACCGAUUCCUCGAGCGGACUCUUUUGCCCUCAGAGGGGUUUUUACCAAGCGGAGCUGAGAUGAUGUGAGCUGUUUCUGCGGCUGAGAGACGCCGGCUGACCCGGACAUGUUUGUAACAAUAACUGUAAAUAUCACAUCCUAUCAACCGCCGAUUGUUUAUGAUUGUAAAUAGGUUUGAAGUUUGUGUGAGAGCUCACGGCGGGGAGCUGAAUCCUGCGCUCUGUUGUGCCUCUUCUUCUCAGAGCGACUGUACCUGGGCUCUUCUUACUGCUGAGUGUAUCUGAAACACCUGUGAAAUCUCAAAUCAAUAAAAGCUGAGGUGUGAACACCUGGAAUG